AUGUCGGAUUUGAAAAGACCCAGUACUAACACUCCUACUCCUGGAGCAAGUACAAUUAAGAAUUUUCCAACUAUAGUUCAGGUAUCAAGACCAUAUUUUACAAGCUCAGAAUUAAAAUACUUGCAUGCAUUUACUAUACCCGAACAGAAAAAAUUAACAUAUAACCAAAGAAAGCAUCAGAUAUAUCAAUAUGUGUUCCAAAUUAUAAAGAUUUUGAAAUUUCCUUUAAGAGUAUUAGGAACCACCAUGAAUUAUUAUCAGAGAUAUUACCUUUUCAAUAAAUUUGAAGAAUUGAAUGAUGGAUCUCAUCAAGACUUAGAAAAAGAUCCUUAUACAGUUACAUUGGCAUGUUUAUUUCUUGCUUCAAAGAAUGAAGAUUGUAUCAAAAAAUUGAAAGAUAUACAAUCAGUCGGCAACAAAUUACGUGAUAUUGACGAGGAAAAUAAAAUACAGAUGAAUUCGUCCUUCGUUGACGUACAGAGAAAAACUAUAAUGAAUAUUGAGUUUAAGUUACUACAGGUGAUUAAAUUUGAUUUCAAGAAUGGUUCAACUAUUCAAUCGAUCGACCAGCUAGUAGUCAAAUUCUGUAAAAAGUUAGACAUAGAUUAUAAAACUACCAUGCACAGUUGGUUAAUAAGUUUUGACAUCAUGUCAACUCCAUUGUGCUUAAUGAUCCCACCGCAUUGUAUUGCAUUAGCAAUAAUUAUAAUAACGUUGAAUUUAAAGCCAAAAGAUUUACAUACAAAAUACAAUAAGUUGGAAACAGACAUUCCUCCAGAUAAUUUAAAUGAAAUCUUAGAAAGGAUUGAUUGCUAUAAAGACUUCAGAUGUCCUGAAACACUAGUAAAUGAGGGAAUCCUCUAUAUUUUAGAUUAUUACGUUCACCAGAUGAAUUUUUCAAUUUUGAAUAAUUUCAUGCCUACAGUUGACUUAGAAACUGGAAAAGAGCAGAUUUUUAAGUUUAUGGAAUUAAAAUCGAGAUUCAACGAUUUAAAGGUUUUAUCAGAAAAGUCUUGUCUUGAUCCAACCACCUUGCGCCAAGAUGAAUAUUUGAAAAUCUGGGAUUAUAAUGUGGGUGCUAAAGGUUCUGCCAGGUUCAUUUUGGGUAAUAAGAGAAGAAGAUUUAAUUUGGAAUUGGACGCAUUAGAAAGUGACAAAAACAACACUUCUAACGCAAAUAACAAUACCGAUACAUCGCUGAAUGUUGAUUCACCAUCUUUUUAA